UGCUGCUGCUGGCACCGAGGGCUCCGCCUGGGCGCCGCCCCGUUGCUCGCUCGCUCGCCGCCUUCGGCUCGUCCGCCCGGGCGUUGGGUCCCUCCGAGUUCCGCCCUUCCGCGCGCCGGGAACUCCCGGGCCAGAGAUCGGCGGCGUGGGAAGAGGGCAUGGCGGCUCCGGAGCGAAGGGCCUUCGCGCAUCGCAUUAACCGGACUGUGGCAGCUGAAGUGAGGAAACACGUGUGUCGAGAAUAUGGCAACUCACCACAGCUCUCCAAGAAACGUGGUGGCACCCUGCAGUCGUUACCUCUGACAGAAGUGGUAGAACCAGUUGACUUUGAGAAAUACCUUAACACUCACUUGCCAGAUGCUGAGCCAGGCCCACUUAGUGACCUGAUUGAGUUUCCUGCAGAUGACCUGGAAGUGUCCCAUGAGCCCCGGGAGUGUCGGACCUUAGAACCUGGUGUCCCUGAGGAUGGGUAAGUGGUAUGAUGGAUAGUUACUGAGAUAGUUCUAUCAUACAGUUCCUCACUCCUUUUACCCCAUAAGAGACAAGGCUACAAGCAUUAUGUCAGCGUUCCAAAUAUCAUGCAGAAUUAAAUCAGAGUCCAAGGCAGAGCUAUC